AUGUGCGUUGGAGUCUUGGGAAACCACGCGACUGUACGGGGAAAGCAGUCGUUGGUCAUAGUGACAGUCCAAUUGAGUCUGGACUUUGAAUACCGGCUGCGGUCCCAGCUGGGCGAUCAGAGACGAUCGCGGCUUCAAAAAGCCUUCCAUGAUUCAAGUUGUGGACAGAUGGGGUGUAGUAUCGUGGGCACCUCUUGGACCCAUGCAAGGCCUUUGACCUGUCAGUUCGGUGUGAGAACAACGAACUUGAACGGCGGGAUCUUUUGCCUUGGGGAACAUGAUUCGUGGGAGCACUGUGACAAAGUGGAAACGACGCCUGCCCUGUGCGCCGGUUACACCCACUGCGUGCUGCGUGCUGCGCACUGCACCGAGUCGCCGUAG